AUGGCCCGGUCCUCCUCCCUCCUCCGCGCCGGCGUGCUCGCCAUGGCGCUCCUCGCCUCCUUCCUCGGCGUCGAGGCCCUCUUCGACCCGUUCAACAUCUUCGGCGGGCGCCCGGAGAACGAUUACCUGGACCCGUUCGGCGGCGGGGCGACCAAGAGCCCGCCCCCGCCCCGCACGGAGCGGGAGGAGACGGGCGCGGCGCAGCCCAACACCAUGGGGCUCACGCGCGUGCCGCCCUUGGGCGAGCCCAGCAAGGCGUCCCAUGAUACCAUGACUGUCAAAGUUACCGUGCGCGACGACAAGCCCGACGGCGCGUGGACCAUCGUUAGCGACAACUCCGGCGUCUCCGCCAUGCACCUCGCCAUCAUGCGCCACGGCCGCGCCAUCAUGUUCGACACCGCCACCACGGGCCGCUCCCUCAUGCGCCUCAGGUUCGACAACUGCCGCGAAGACCCGCGCCGCCACAAGACGGACUGCUGGGCGCACGCCGUCGAGUUCGACUACGCCACCGGCGCCGUCCGGCCCCUCAAGAUCCUCACCGACACCUGGUGCUCCGCCGGGGGGUUCGACGCGGAGGGCAACCUCGUGCAGUCCGGGGGCUACUUCGAGGGCGACAGGACUGUCCGCUACCUCUCGCCCUGCCACACCUGUGACUGGAAGGAGCACCCAUAUAGCCUGUUCGAAGGGCGGUGGUACGCCACCCAGCAGGUGCUCCCCGAUGGCCGCUUCGCCAUCUUCGGCGGCCGCCGCGCAUUCUCCUUCGAGCACCUGCCCAAGCCCGGGAUGUUCAACCACCAGUCCGUGCCGCUCGCGUUGCUCCGGGACACCACCGACGACGUCGAGAACAACCUCUACCCUUUCGUCAACCUCCUCCCCGACGGCAACCUCUUCAUCUUCGCCAACGACCGCGGCAUCAUCUUCGACCACCGCUCCGAGAUCGUCAUCCGCGACGUCCCGCCGCUCCCCGGCGGAGCCCGCAACUACCCGGCGUCCGCCAUGUCGGCCAUGCUCCCGCUCGACCUCCGCGGGAGGCAGCUCCACGGCGGCCCCGAACUCGAGCCGGAGGUCAUCAUCUGCGGCGGCGCCAACAAGACCGCGUUCAAGGUCGGCGAGAUCGGCCAGUACGGACCGGCGCUCAAGGACUGCGGCCGCAUCAACCUGGCCAAACAGGACGCGCAGUGGGUCACCGAGGAAAUGCCCGUGCAACGCGUCAUGGGCGACAUGCUCAUCCUCCCCAACGGCGAGCUGCUCCUGCUCAACGGCGCCGCCAAGGGGUGCGGGGGCUGGGGCUUCGCGCGCCAGCCGGUGCGCUCGCCGAUCCUCUACACGCCGUCGGCGCCGCAGGGGUCCCGCUUCCGCCCGCUCACGCCGUCCACCAUCUCGCGCGUCUACCACUCCACCGCCGCCGUGCUCCCCGACGCCACCGUGCUCGUGGCCGGCGGCAACACCAACGCGGGCUACAACUUCAGCGGCGUCGACUUCCCCACCGAGGUGCGCGUCGAGCGCUUCACGCCGCCCUACCUCGACGGCAGGAGACACGUCGCCAACCGCCCCAUCAUCGACCCCCACUCGCUGCCCAGGGAGGGGAUGCGCUACGGCGCCAAGUACACCUUCAGGUUCCGCACGCCGCUCGACCCCGUUGUCGAGGCCGACGUCAUGGUCACCAUGUACGCGCCGCCCUUCACCACGCACGGCUACUCCAUGAACCAGCGCCUCCUCAUCCUCUCCCUCGCCUCCUUCAUCCCCGACCCACAGGGCUACGCCAUCACCGUCGACGCGCCCGGCAAGCCUGAGCUCGCGCCGCCCGCCUACUACCUCGUCUACGUCAUCGCCAAGAACGUGCCCAGCAUCGCCGUAUGGGUCAAGAUACAGUGACCCUGCAUGCGCGUUGCUUGCUGCGGGAAAAAAAAGUUAAUUAGCACAUAAAUUUGAACUACCUUCCUAAAUAGUAAAUCUAUGCAGUGUACAAUAGCUAUAUGUCAAUCGUCUGGUUUUUGGAGUCGAUUUUUGAUCCGUUGGAUCGGGCUUUGCGAUUCAUGCUAUUGUUUUUUCUCUUUCUUUGGUGUGAACGUUUUUGGGCUAGACUCGUUUCGUCGACUCACCGCUUUUUUCUGGGUCAGUCGAUUUGAUAUGGGCUCGUCUGCGCUUCUGCCCGUUAAGUUUGACCCGUUAUUCUGCCCGAGGCCGAGCCCGACUGCUUGUUGCCUUAUCUCGUCCCCCACUUCUCGUCUGUGCGGUCAGUCACUCCCUUCUCUCCUUAUUCGUCGCAUUCUGUCUCCUCCUCUCCCCUCGCUGGCUAGGGUUUCUUUUGCUCUGGUCUUUUGUUGGUGCUCGGAUUCAGUGUCCCCCUUCUUGGAUCCAUGAGGAGAUCUGCUUUUUCAGCAUGUGAGAAAAGUGAACAUGGCCAAAAUGUUUAUUUCAAAUGGACAAUGUGGAUUGUGGAGUAAGAUUGCUUAUCGCGUGUGCUACUGACUGGAUAUCAAACAUGUCGAUAUUGAGUCGGAUUGUCCCCAGGACCGAGGUGAUUAACAGCAUCAAGGAUGACCCAUAUGGCUCUAUCAUCGAAGAGGCAUUGCAACUGCUGCUCCCUCUUUUAAACAUUGCCAGUUGGUUAGUCAUCUCCUUUUUAGUCAUGUCUCAGUUGGUUGCACUUUUUUUUUGUUGCUUGUUUGUUACUGUUCCUCUUGAAAUCAUUAGUUAUUCAAGUAUGAUCAAAAUGAUGGCCUAAUCUGAUCAUGCUGCUGAUUGUUGUUAGAUUAGAAAACUGUAAUCUAGACCAAAAAACGUCUUAUAUUUUGACACAGAGGGAGUAUCUUUUUGGACAGCAGUAAGUGUCAUAGCUGAGCAGUUCUACAUUUUCUUCAGGACAAACUGCACAUUUUCUUCAGCUCUGAAAUUGCAUGCAGCUCAAAUGGUUAUCCCAUCUUAGCUUCUCAGCUCUGAAAAUGCAGCUCAAAUUAAUGGUUGGGAUCUAACCUUUUUCUUAGCAGACAGUCAGUGUUGUCCUAUCUAGUUCUACUCAGACCAUGUUCUUUUCGGCACAACCAAACAGUCAGUGUUUCAGGGCAUUGACUGAAGAAUGCAGCUCAAAUGAUAGGACAACACUGACAGUCAGUAAUUUAGGGCAUUUGGAGCUUUUAUUAACUUAAAGCUGAGGUAAUGCCUUGCAUCUUUUAUAAAUAAAAACAUCCAAACGCAAGAAGGAUGAGCAUUACAUCUCAUCUCUCUAAAUUCCAAAUUCCUCUCUGGCCUAACCAAACCCUCUGGGAAGGAAGAGGAUGAGCACCAUGGCAUUUUUAAUCUCUUCACUCCUUCCCCCCAUUCCCAUCCCAAUGAUCCCAUCACUAACUCGCGCCUAGCACGCACACAACAAACCCACCAAAAACUCUGGAUUAUCCUUAUCCUAGCUAGGACCUCAAACAUGGAAACAAGAAGAGUUUGUUGGUUUUGAUCUGACGGCUUAAACAGGCCAGUUAGAUCUAUUAGUUUAACAAAAAAAAGGAAAAAGAUAACGUUAAUGAAAAGGCCCCACGCACCAAUGUACGUGAGGUUUUAUCCCAACUAAGGCGCCCUGAUCGGGGGCACCCAAACCAACUGAUGGUUUAGGUCCCCUGUCGCCAGCGCUACAUAAAAGGGAACGGGAGAGGGUUGGCAGCCUGCGCGAUCACAAUUCACGUACGGUUUCACUCCCCUCCCGAUAUUCUCUCACCCCAUCCGAUCAGGAGGAGCGCUGCAGCGACGGGAAGACCUACUCCAGCCGCCGCUGCCGUCCCCGGGCAGUGCCGGUGGCGUCUUGAGGGCAUCAGGACGUUGAGGAGGACUUCUACCUCGACUACAUCACCUCUGCAUCAAGCCUGCACCAAGCAGGCGAUCAUGUCCACUGCCGUGACACCAACCAGCAAGAAGGUCCAGCUCCUAGGAAGGAGAACGGAGAUGGGAGAAACAGCUACAUGAAGGCGUUCAUGGGGGUCCGCGGUGGGGGAGGUCCGAGGGGGCAGAUCA